CUGAGAAAUAGUAUUAUACAUAGUUCAUAAUAUACUGUGCUAUAGAUCUGGCGAUAUAUUUAUUUAAAAUAGGAAAAUAUUGAUUUAUUAUGGUGGAUUAACCGAGGAAUCAACAUGUAUAUAAUGUGUCUAUCUCUCGUCUUGAUAUUUCUCUCAUGUUCAGGUGUGAAAAGUUUUACUAUUAAAAACGAAACGUCAUUGCGAGAGGAACUAUUUGUUACUAAUGAGUAUGAUGUCAACGUUCGACCAUUGUCCAGAGUUACAGUUCAGAUAAAGUUCAAUCUGCUCACCAUUCAUGAGCUGAAUAUACGCGAUCAAGUGUUUAGAGUUAGUGGAUGGUUGACCAUGGUAUGGUUAGAUAAACGUUUAUCUUGGGAUAAAGACAAACACGGCAAUGUUCAGUUUCUGUUUGCUACUCAGAGUGAAAUCUGGAGACCAGCUAUGGUAGUCAGCAACUCUAUUGAGAACGUUGGAGUUCUGGCUGAUGAAUUCACGCCGUUUAGAAUAACUACUGGUGGUCGUAUCUUCUGGGAGCCGACGGGAAUAUUUGUUGUAUAUUGUGAGGUGGAUAUAACUUAUUACCCAUUUGACACUCAGGAGUGUUUUAUAACCGUUCAGAGCUGGGGUUAUAACCUACGGGAGGUGAAUGUAACGGCUCUAGGUGAAGGCAUAGAUAUACAGGAAUUUAAACCUAAUGGUGAAUGGCAAUUAACAUCUUUUAGAGUCAGUACGGAAGAUAAUAUUGACUCUAAAGGAGAUUCGUUCAGUCAGAUAAAGUUCCACUUCAAGUUGGACAGAAAGAGCAACUACUACUGGUUGAAUGUUCUGUUACCAGUGCUAGUGAACUCUAUUCUUACAGCUCUGGUAUUUGCUCUACCAGCCGAGUCUGGUGAAAAGAUGGGAUAUUCUCUAACAGUUCUGUUAUCAUUUGCUGUCUUACUGACCCUUGUGGCUGAUAAAAUACCUUCAACGUCUAUAAACACAUCCCUGAUAGUUGUGUAUUUUGCGAUUGUUCUUGUUCUUGGUGCGCUGGCUGUUGCUUUAAGUACCAUCGUCUUGGAAUUUUACUUCCGGUCCGAUGCGGAACCCAUCCCUAAAUGGGUGAUGUUUAUAUCUAAGGAUAUAGUGGGACGAAUGGUGUGUUAUAAAGGAAUAAAUACAAGUAAAAAUUCACGCCGAGUAGAGAAUGGCGUGGAACCAAAGGUGGACUAUAAUGAUGAUCCUCCACUGGACAGAGCGACAACCAUAAAACGAGAAAUAUUUCUACGAAAAGCAUCAGAAAUAUACCGAGAUAGAAUGAACUGUGAAUUGCGUUGGAGAGAUAUCUCUAAAAUUUGGGAUGUUUUUUUCUUACGACUUUAUUUGCUAGUGAUCACAUGUGUAACCCUGGGCUUUCUUAUUGGUACUGCAGGUCGCGCUUGAGGAAAAUUUUCGUCAAAAAUUCGUUCAAGUCUAUUAUACCACCGAAAAGUGCCUAAACGAAAUUUGAACCACCUAUUUUUUGACAAUUUUUAUUGUAUAAAGUGCUAGUAGUUGAUAUAAAAGCGAAAUAUUAGACUGCUAUGUUCCUACAACUGAUACAGGAAUGACACAAACAGUUUUGCCUGGUAGCAUUAACCUUACAGUCGUUUUUAAAAUCAUUUGACUUGAACUACAUUAUACCAGGAAGAGAUUUAUUAUUUCGGUUCACUAUUAUGCUUUUAUUUAGUUUUUGUAAAGACACUGCCUGUAUAAUGUAUUUAAUAAAAGAAUGUGAUAUA